CCCCGGGGACGUGUUUUCGAAUCCAGCUGAGGAUCUGGAAAAACUUCAAGGGGAGACCGAAUUCAAAAAGGACCACCAUGGCUGGCAUAAAAACAGCGAGCGGCGAGUAUAUAGAUGACUCCUGGGAACUCAGGGUCUUCGUGGAGGACCUGGGACCUGAAGCAGACCCCAUCACGCUCCGAGUCACCGGGAACCUGCAUAUAGGAGGCAUCAUGUUACAGAUUGUGGACAAAUUAAAACUUCAGAAGGACUGGUCGGAUCACGCCUUGUGGUGGGAGCAGAAGAAACUUUGGCUACUGAAGACAAACUGGAGCCUGGAUAAAUACGGGAUCCUGGCCGACGCCAAACUCCACUUUACACCCCAGCACAAACCGGUGAUCCUUUUCCUGCCCAACCAUUGCACCGUCCGCGUCAGAGCUAAUUUCGCCCAGCCCGUCUUCCGCACCGUGUGCGAUCUCUGCAGGCUACUCGCCAUCCGUCACCCGGAAGAGCUGUCCCUGCUGCGGGCGCCGGAAGAGAAGGACAAACGGAAGCAGAAGGAGAAAGAGGAGACCACGGCUCGGAGUUAUGACCUCACCAGCGUCCGGCUACCAGCAAGUGCAGAGCAACAGACUUUCCGUGGGAUGCCUGCUCACUUUUCAGACAGCGCCGAAACCGAGGCUUGCUACCGGAUGCUGUCGGUCAGCCAGACUAGCCUGACUCCCGAGCAGAUCGUCCGAAUGCACCGGCCGGUAUCCCUUGUGGAAAAAACUAAGAUCAACGGCAGGUGGCUGGAUUCGUCCCGCACUUUGCUACAACAAGAAGUAAAGGAACACGAGUGUUUAUGGCUGCGCUUCAAGUAUUACAGCUUUUUUGAUCUGGAGCCAAAGUACGACGCGGUCAGAAUCAACCAGCUGUACGAACAGGCCCGCUGGUCGGUGCUGCUGGAGGAGACCGAUUGCACGGAGGAAGAGAUGGUCGUCUUCGCCGCCUUACAAUAUCGCAUCAACCAGCUCUCCUUGAACGCCACCCCUGUGGAGCAGUCCAGCGAAUCUGGCCUGGAUGACUUAGACAAAGCUUUGGCUAACUUGGAGGUCAAACUGGAAGGCUCAGCCCCAGCUCCAAGUCUUUUGGUAAGGACCAUCUUCUUCACAGGACACCAUUUUGUUUGUCCUUCCAGGCCCCGCAAGCUGACCCUGAAAGGUUAUAAGCAGUACUGGGUGACUUUCAAAGAAACCACCAUCUCGUACUUCAAGAGCCCAGAAGACGCGUUGGGAGAACCUGUCCAACAGCUCAACCUGAAAGGCUGCGAAGUGGUGCCAGAUGUCAACAUCUCUGGCCAGAAAUUCUGCAUCAAGUUGCUGGUCCCUUCUCCUGAUGGAAUGAGCGAAAUACACCUGAGAUGUGUGGAUGAGCAGCAAUACGCCAGUUGGAUGGCCGGCUGCCGUUUGGCAGCGAAGGGGAAGACCAUGGCGGACGCGUCCUACCAAGCCGAAAAGGAGAACAUUCUCUCCUUCCUGAAGCUGCAAAAGACCAACCCAGAAAUGUCCCUCACCGCAGAGACGGAGGGGACCCAAUGGCUGGUGUCUCCUCGCUACCAGAAGAAAUUCAAACCUAAGCAGUUAACCCCCCGCAUCCUUGAGGCCUAUCAGAACGUCUCUCAGCACUCCCUGGCUGAGGCCAAGAUGAAAUUUAUCCAGGCCUGGCAGUCCCUCCCCGAUUUCGGCAUCUCCUACUUCGUGGUCAGCUUGUAG